GCAUCGCAGCUCGCACCGUGCCGAGGCCGACUCCCGCUACGUUUGCACCGUCUUGUCCCACACCAGCGGGCCUCUUUCUACUGAAAUACGUGACCCCGGACAAUUAAGCAGGGCCAACGACCACAGGGAUCUCCGCGAUGGGCAAGGAGAAGGUGCACAUAAACAUAGUGGUGAUAGGCCACGUAGACUCCGGGAAAUCGACAACAACAGGUCACCUGAUCUACAAAUGCGGGGGUAUCGAUAAGCGAACGAUUGAGAAAUUCGAGAAGGAGGCGCAAGAGAUGGGUAAAGGAUCCUUCAAGUACGCAUGGGUUUUGGACAAGCUCAAGGCAGAGAGGGAGAGAGGGAUUACGAUUGACAUCGCCAUGUGGAAAUUCGAGACGUCAAAAUACUACAUAACGAUUAUCGAUGCUCCUGGGCACAGGGACUUCAUCAAGAACAUGAUAACGGGGACUUCCCAAGCGGAUUGUGCUGUUCUCAUUGUAGCCGCUGGGAUUGGGGAGUUUGAGGCGGGAAUAUCUAAGAAUGGGCAGACACGUGAGCACGCACUGUUGGCGUUCACGUUGGGGGUCAAACAGCUGAUUGUGGGGGUCAAUAAGAUGGACAUGACGGACCCGCCGUAUUCAGAGACUAGGUUCGAAGAGAUCAAGAAGGAAGUUUCGUCUUACAUAAAGAAAAUCGGGUACAACCCGAACUCGGUGGCGUUCGUCCCGAUCUCCGGGUGGCACGGGGACAAUAUGCUGGAGUGCUCCCCCAAGACUCCCUGGUACAAGGGCUGGAAGGUCGAGAGGAAAGACGGGAACGGCGAGGGGAAGACUCUGAUAGAGGCGCUUGACGCUAUUCUCCCCCCGUCAAGACCCACCGAUAAGGCCCUGAGGCUGCCGCUCCAGGAUGUCUACAAGAUCGGGGGGAUCGGGACGGUGCCGGUCGGCAGGGUGGAGACCGGUAUCUUAAAACCAGGAAUGCUGGUGACAUUCGCCCCGGUGGCCCUCACCACCGAAGUUAAAUCCGUGGAGAUGCAUCACGAGGCCCUGACGGAAGCAGUGCCAGGUGACAACGUGGGCUUCAACGUGAAGAACAUCUCAGUGAAGGAACUGCGUCGUGGAUACGUAGCUGGAGACUCGAAGAAUCAGCCACCGCGUGGUGCCCAGGACUUCACAGCUCAGGUGAUCGUUCUGAGCCACCCCGGCCAGAUCAGCAACGGUUACACCCCAGUUCUGGACUGCCACACCGCUCACAUUGCCUGCAAAUUUGCCGAGAUCAAGGAGAAAUGCGAUCGCCGGACGGGAAAGACCACCGAGGAGAACCCGAAGAGCGUCAAGAGUGGAGACGCCGCUAUUGUUGUGCUGCAGCCCACGAAGCCGAUGUGUGUCGAGGCAUUUCAAGAAUUUCCGCCCCUCGGACGCUUUGCCGUACGCGAUAUGCGUCAGACUGUUGCUGUGGGUGUCAUCAAGAGUGUAAACUUCAAAGAUACCCAAGGAAAAGUAACAAAGGCAGCGGAGAAGGCCCAGAAGAAGAAGUAACCAUCAAGCUUCCUCGGAAGCCGCCGGCACCAGAUAAUCACAACGUGGAUUCUCUCAAUCUUAAAUCCUAAUCUGCGUACAAAAAUUGCCGAUAAAUUACAACUCUCCCCAUCAACCAGCGAUAAUCGUUUGUUAUCGUACUCAGUGUUGCCCCCCUUGCAUUACCCAGUAGUAUUGAACCCUCGUAUUUAUCCAAAUUUACACAUACAAUUUACCCAUGCACCCAGAACACCGCACAUAUGCUAGGGAUUACUAUCACUUUGAUCAUAAUUCAAUUUCAGAUGAGGAAAAGCGAAUGGAUGAAUUUGUCGACCAUGAAUGACUAUUCGAUUCUACUCAGUCUUUUUUGGAGUUGGAAAUGAAUCAUUCCAGUGUAAAGCCAUUUUUUUUCAAUAUUAAUUACUCUACAUUUGAUUUUUAUGAUGAAAAAUUAGAGAAUAGUUGAUUUAAAUGAUUGAAAAAGAAUCGGUUACACUAAAGAUCAUUUUGUUUCUUCCGCGUGGACUCUGAUAGAGGGGUUUUCAAUUCUAAAUCGAUGAAUGGAAACUAGAAUGCACUCUAGGACGACCGACUGAUGAAAAUCGCUGAUAAAAUGCGAGGAUUUUAAGAGAAAAUCUCGACUCUCGGACUAAUAAUUAUUUCGAUCGUCUAGUUGUUAUUCUGUUGGAGCAGAUUUAAUUUCCACUGUGAUUAUUAUUGAUUAAUACCUGAUUUUCACGAAGGAUGACUGUUCGGGUGGUUUCGCCAAUUGAUAUUGCUGUGAUUGUUUCCAUUCCAAUUUUUUGAUAAUUUGUUUGUUGGUGAAAUAAAGUCUUUUUGUUGCACAGGCUUUCAUGAACAAAUUAUUUCACUACAAAUAAUGGGUCUCGCUAAAUUUCCUUGAACCUCUUACUCUCGAAGAUAUCAGCUAAGGGAUCUGCAAAAUUGUUUGUUCUCGAUUCAUCUCCCAGUGAAUUCGUGAAUAAAUUGACAGAUAUUU